UUAAGAGAGAGUAAUUUAAAAUUGUUGAAUCCUCUAAAAAUGUCGCGAUUUCUGUUUCCCCCAACUUUUAAUCAGAUCGUAAGAACAAGAUCAACUUCAGAUCGUAAGUUCAGAACAAGACUACUGGCAGCUCGAAAGUUUAGGGAACAAGCAGCCAAUGGGCUUCUUGUUUUAGUCAUCUGGCUUCUGUUCUCCCGGCAUGUCACGUGGCUUGCUGAAUGAUUUCAAAUUGAAGUCGAAUGGCGCCAUUUUGCAGAUUGAUAUCCGUUGUGCCUACCGCUCAGUCACCACGUAAAUUUCUUCGUUGAGGUAUUAAAAUGGCUCGUACAAAGCAGACUGCAAGAAAAUCGACUGGAGGAAAAGCUCCUCGCAAACAAUUGGCAACCAAGGCUGCACGAAAGAGUGCCCCGGCAACUGGAGGUGUAAAGAAGCCACACAGAUACAGGCCCGGCACAGUAGCUCUGAGAGAAAUUCGUAGAUACCAGAAGUCGACCGAGUUGUUGAUCAGGAAGCUGCCCUUCCAAAGGCUCGUCCGAGAAAUUGCCCAAGACUUCAAGACAGACCUGCGCUUUCAGAGCUCGGCAGUGAUGGCCCUCCAAGAGGCAUCAGAAGCUUACCUAGUUGGACUGUUUGAAGACACCAACUUGUGCGCCAUUCAUGCCAAACGUGUUACCAUUAUGCCAAAGGACAUACAACUGGCCAGGAGGAUUCGAGGGGAGAGAGCUUAAUUCAACAAGCAAAUUUCAUCUUGUCGAUGAAUUCUUUGAAAAAACGGUUUUUUUAAAAACCACCACGAACACCAGCGAUUAUAUUUCUCCAGCCAGAAUACACACGACAUGGUCGACUCAAAUCAGUUUACUUCUGUUCAUAUGUGUAUGUAUACGAAAAACCUUCAAAUAUGUACAUUUUGUAAACGUGAAGAAGUAAAUUUAAAGCAAGCAUUAUCCGAAUGAAGGGAAUUUCUUAAAGAGGGAGGUUUUUUAACAAGCAAAUCUAUGAAUUGGGACUUCCACCAUAUCUAUGAAUUGUCAACCUAUCUGAUUUAUAGAGCAUUAAAUUUUUUCCUUCCUUGUUGGUAAGUCAUUCCAAAUUUCAGCACCAAGAAA